CUGGGUGAAACUAUCACUGGUGGGCCUAAGCAGCCGUGCGCUCUCCAUACGCGUCUCGGUUGGGUCAUAUGCGGACCUACAUCGCCACGCUGUGCGUCACUCCCCGCCUUGGGCACACCGACCGAAUGUGCUACCGAGGAGGAGCGACUCGAUGAGAUUCUUCAACGCUUCUGGGAACUGGAGGAGGUUCCUCGCCCCAAAACGACCGAUGACAUUUGCGAAGAGAUUUUCCAACGAACCGUAUCGCGCAAGAGCAAUGGCCGAUACAUAGUGCAGAUCCCAUUUUCUCCGGAUGCGCCUGCACUCGGUGAUUCCUACGGCAAGACGCUCGGCCACAUGGAGAAGAUCACGCUACAACGAGAUGAUCCAUCCCACGCCUACUUUAUACGGCACCAUGCUGUCACCGCGAAAUUCCGUGUGGUCUUCAACGCUUCGGCGAAGAGCAGCAAUGGCGUCUCCUUGAACGACACUCAGCUGGUUGGGCCGGCAGUUCAAGAUCCACUAGUUGACAUCCUCUUACGCUUUCGUCGAUUCCGCGUAGCUGUCACGGCUGACAUCGAGAAGAUGUUCCGGCAAAUCGAAGUGGACUCCAGGCAUCGAUGUUGGCAGCAGAUCCUCUGGCGCGAAAGCCCUAAUGACCCGCUCCGUGCGUAUCAACUGAAGACUGUCACCUACGGUAUGGCUUGCAGCCCUUAUAACGCUGCUCGUGUUCUGAACCAGUGCGCCAUUGACAACCAAAUCGUGGUUCCUGAUGCUAAUCGAGCUGCAGCUGCACGGGACAGUAUCUUACGCAACUUUUAUAUGGAUGAUCUCCUGGAUAGCGCUGACACGCCAAAUGAAGCAAUCACGUUAGCGCGAGACAUUUCCACCAUAUUGCAACAAGGCCACUUUCGACUUUGCAAGUGGAAAUCCAACGAUGUGGAUGUGCUCUCGGCGACAUCUGGUUCAGAGGCAUCCAGCUGCACACUUGGCUUAGGCGACACUGAUGCCAAGGUUCUGGGGCUUUACUGGGGACCAGUCAAUGAUGUGAUUCUUUUUCGGGUAACGCUGCCAGAUGCUAACCCUAUCCCUACCAAACGUCAGGUAUUGAGUGAAGUGGCCAGAAUCUUCGACCCUCUUGGACUUCUGGCUCCAGUAACAGUGACCGCUAAGAUGAUGAUGCAGUUAACAUGGGCCGCCAAGAUAGAUUGGGAUACGCCCUUACCACCAGAGCUACGCGAGAAGUGGCUCAAGUUCCGAGGCAGCCUUCCAGCUAUUAGCGCUUUCCGCAUAUCACGAUGGAUCGGAAUGACCAAGUCAGCAGCUACCACGCUCCAUGGGUUUUGCGAUGCCAGCGAACGGGCGUACGCCGCUGUCAUAUAUUCACGAAGCAUCGAACCCGAUGGACAGGUGAGAGUGAGACUCGUAGCUGCACGAACUAAGGUUAGUCCACUUAAGGCAAUCACCAUUCCGAGGCUGGAAUUGUGCGCCGCUCACUUGCUUGUAACUUCUAUGGUGAGUGUACGCGAGGCUCUUCAACUCAGCAAAGAUCAAUGCACCUAUUGGAGCGAUUCCAGCAUAGCCCUUGCUUGGAUACGCAAGCCACCAAACAUUUUGAUGCAGUAUGUCUCCAAUCGAGUGGCUUACGUCCAAAGGAACUCCAAUCCUUCAGAUUGGCAUCACAUAAGCAGCAAAGACAAUCCUGCCGACUGUGCCAGUCGCGGCAUGACACCAGCGGCUCUUCACAAUUUUUCCUUAUGGUGGAAUGGGCCAGGCAACAUGUACGAAGACAAUCUUAUACCAAGUGAGAUCCCACUUCUCGGCGACAGCGAGCAGCAAGUGCACGAUGCCGAACUGAGGCCACUUCGAACACAUAUCUGCACUCUGACCAUCCCUAAGAUACAAGUCCGGCGGUGUAAUGGGUCACUUACCACAUUCAUUCCAUUAGUGGAACGCUUCAGCACUUUACAGCGAGUUUUGCAUACCACAGCCUAUGUGCUACGGUUUCGGCCAGCGGGCAGACCCUACUGGCGUACGCCAGUUAUAACGGCAGAUGAAAUUCAGCAAGCUUUUGAAAUUCUUGUUCGAGAAGCGCAAGGUAAUUAUUACAAUUCAGAAAUUAAUCAUUUGCGAGCUUCUUCCAGCGUUGCUGCUUCGAGUAAGUUGCUCUCUCUGAACCCUAUCCUGGAUGACGCUGGUGUGUUAAGGGUUGGCGGCCGACUGAGGAACGCAGACCUCACGUAUGAGCAGCGCCAUCCGAUCAUCCUUCCUAGAGAAUGUGCCCUAGCUACGCUUCUGGUCCGCAACGCACACAGGAUUACAAUGCACGGCGGCAUUAGGGAGAUGCUACAGUACCUCCGACGGGAUCUCUGGAUUGUGCACGCUAGAGUCUUGGUCAAGCGGUGCCUACAUCAGUGUAAGACCUGCAAGUUACACCAAAGAGCAAUGCAACAACAACAAAUGGCUGAUCUACCUCGCUCUCGAGUAAUGGUUGCGCCUCCCUUUUCCAACGCUGGGUUGGAUUACGCCGGACCAUUCCUCGUCCGCCAUGGUGGUAAACGUUCUACCACCACCACCAAGACGUAUGCUGCGAUCUUCAUAUGCAUGUGUACAAAGGCAGUGCACAUAGAACUGGCGGAAGACCUGAGCACCCGAGCAUUUCUGGACGUCUUUGAUCGAUUUGUGAGUCGUAGAGGAUAUUGCACCAAUCUCUAUAGCGACAAUGGCACCCAAUUUGUGGGGGCAAACCGUCAACUUCAAACUGACCUGGUCGACUGGCACAACACUUAUUCCAAGCAACAACUGUCUGAUGCAGGCGUCCGCUGGCACUUCAUAACUCCUUCCGCUCCUCAUCAAGGAGGCUUAUGGGAGGCUGCAGUGCGUUCGGCCAAGAAGCAUCUCAAGCGCGUCAUUGGUGACGCUGUUCUCCCGUUCAUCCAACUCAGUACCCUGCUGGUACGCAUUGAGGCAUGUCUCAACUCGAGACCCAUCAUCGCUCUUCAUGACGAUCCCGAAGGCGGCGUCGCGCUAUCACCCGGAGACUUCCUCAUCGGCCGCCCAUUGAAUUCUCGUCCAGAGGCCCCCGUUCCGGAAGCUCCGGACAAUCGGCUAAAGUACUACCAACGACUACAACGCAUGUUGCAACAUUUUUGGCACCGGUGGAAGGAGGAAUACUUGGUCCAGCUGCAGGCUCGUAGCAAGUGGGCCCGACCUACGCCAAAUCUACAAGUUGGUGACGUCGUGGCCAUCCAGCAAGAGCAGCUUCCUCCAUCUCGAUGGCGCAUCGGUCGCAUUACAGCAGUGCAUCCGGGGAGUGACGGGCUGGUGCGCGUAGUCACCAUCGAAUCCUGCGCAUUCGAAAGAGGCUUCUGUCGCAGACAUUUGUGUCAGCGCCCAGUCCAACGAGUAUGCCGUAUCCUUCAAGCCCACGAAGGCAUUCUAAGUCCGGAGGACUUAGCCGGGGAGGAUGUACGCGAUUAAGUGGCAACGACCAGCUUUAUCGUCUGCACUCUGCACAAACCUUUAGUGUCAUUCGCGGCUGCACUCUGAACUAGCCUUAAGUGUCAUUCGAUUAUUUAUGUUUUGCAUACAUACAUACAUACUUCCAUCUUUAUAUAUAAUAUUCUUGAACCUGUAAACAUCAUAAAAUCUAACGUUAACAAGUCACGCUAUUGUACCGUUUGUAGCUUUCUAUAAAAGACGAAUUUGCAAAUAAAUAAGUGCCAUUAUAUUCCCGCUGGUCGGUGUGUACAAACAUAAUCGGUUUUCAGUUGCUUUUAU